GGAAUUUACGCUAAUCAAAUAUCAGUGCACUUCAAUCUAUUCGGAGAUAAAGAUGCAUCAGACUCGUGUACUAGCGGCGCUCAUUUUACUAACCAUCCAAUCAACCUGCAGUUUAGCGAAAUCCUGCGAAACCGAGGAUUACGAGGACGGCGUAUGUAUCCCUUUUGAUAGGUGCGAAGCAUUCCAAGAUGCUCGGAACAAAGCAAGUUUAUCCGCUGGCCAACGUGAUGCAAUUGAACGGGAACAAAGCAAGUGCUUGGAUGACGAUAGGGUCGGGUUGAUCUGCUGCAAACGGAAACCACGUCCGAUCAUUCCCAGAUCGUAUGAGGAUACCAAACCGUCAGUAAAUGGUCAAGUUCGCCUUUUACCGGAUUCUAGUGUAUGUGGAUUGGACAGUGCAGAUCGCAUUUAUUAUGGAAAUGUUACAAACUUGGAUCAGUUUCCUUGGCUGGCACUGAUCAAGUACAUUGAUGAGGAUGAAAAUGAAUCGUUCAAGUGUGGAGGAUCGCUUAUCACUCAACGUUACGUUCUCACGGCUGCUCACUGCAUCACAAGCAUGAUUGCCGCUGUUCGUCUAGGUGAAUGGAAUCUUGAUACGAAUCCAGACUGUGUUACUAAACAAGGAAUUAAAUACUGCGCAGAUCCGGUAGUUGAAAGGGGUAUCGAGAAGAUAUCAAUCCACAAAAACUACACUAGACGAGUAUCUAAGGGCGGAAAAAUCGAUAUGGCUUUGUUGCGGUUGGAUCGCGAUGUCACUUUCGGGGAAUUUAUUGCUCCGAUCUGUCUCCCUCAAAACGCCGGUGAAGGACAGUUCAGCGACGAUCAAAUGUUUUACGUGGCCGGCUGGGGAAUGACCGAAGAUGACGUGACCAGUAGAAAGAAAUUGUUUGUCGACGUGAGUAAUGUAGACCUGGAGGAGUGCCGUAAAAAAAUCAACGCACCGUUGAUAAAGAUUGACGAAACGAUGAUUUGUGCUUUGGGUAACGACGGAAAAGACGCCUGCCAAGGCGAUUCUGGUGGACCGCUAAUGGAGAUCAAACAGUUAAACAGUAAAACGAAUCGUUACUUUUUGAGAGGGGUUGUCAGUAAGGGUUUAGCAUGCGGCACCAGCAAACCAGGGUUUUAUUCCAAUGUUUACAAGCAAAUCGAUUGGAUUGUUUCCAAUAUCGAAUAGUAAUACAUUAUUGUGGCAUUCACCCGAGAGUCACGUUUUUUUGUUUCAUAAAUGCUUUCCGGCCGUAUACUUGAAGCAUCUCAACAUAUUUUAUUAAACAUAUUGGUUCGAAACGACACGUUGGUUUUAAGUCAAGCAAUAAAAUGCAUUAAACAUUCACUUCACUCAAAACACUGAAAAUGGCGGAAUAAGUACCGAAAAAUCUAUUCUGAAGAAUUAUUUAGUUAGUUAGAAGUUUUGACAUUUGACAGUUAUGAUUUAUCAGUUAGUGGUUAUAUACGAUUCUAAGAAUCAAUCGGUGUUCUCUAUAAUGGAAGGGCAGGAGAAAGAAAUGAUACAGAAGAGCAGAAAGCUUGAAUGUAAAAGAUAACAAAAGUUACGAGCAUAAAUAAUAAUUAAUCGAAAAGCUUG